GUAUGUAAGUCAAUCAUGUUGACCAUACUGUAUAUAUUUCAGGCAUCAAUGGACUUACCGCCGGACAAGGCGAAGUUGCUUAAGCAGUACGACGACGUCAAGAAGUGGGACAUGAUUUGUGACCAGGAGCGAGUGAGCGCCAAGGAUCCUCCGUCACACUACCUCAACAAACUCAAGACUUACCUUGACCCAAAAGCUUCUAGGUCCAGCAGGAAGAGAAAGAUGGUCGGUGAGUCUACAUCAACUCAGGUUUUAAGAGACCUGGAAAUUUCGCUCAGAACAAACCACAUAGAAUGGGUGAGGGAGUUUUUAAAUGAAGAGAACCGAGGACUUGACGUUUUGGUGGAUUAUCUUACCUUCAGACUCAUGAUGCUUCGGCACGAACAGAGACUAAGAGAAAGUUUAGAAGAUGAAGAAGAAACUAGGAACCUCAAUGGGCAACUUAAGCCUUCAGCAGAAAUCGACUCCCCUCGAAUGAAAAGAGCAUCACGUCAUGUGCAGAAACUGAAUAUGGGAGACUCUAAAGAUGAUAUACAUGUUUGUAUUAUGUGUAUGAGAGCAAUCAUGAACAAUAAGUAUGGAUUCAAUCUGGUGUUUGAACAUCGAGAAGCAAUCAGCUGUAUUGCACUCAGUCUCAAUCACAGAAGUUUACGGACAAAAGCUCUUGUUCUAGAACUCCUAGCUGCCAUCUGCUUAGUCAAAGGUGGUCAUGAAAUCAUACUUAAUGCCUUUGAUAGCUUCAAAGAUGUGUGCUGUGAAUCUCAGCGCUUCCAGACCCUUAUGGCCUAUUUCUCCAACUACGAGUGCUUCCACAUUGAAUUUAUGGUAGCAUGUAUGCAGUUCAUCAACAUUGUGGUUCACAGCGUGGAGGACAUGAAUUUCCGUGUUCAUCUUCAGUACGAGUUCACACAGCUUGGUAUAGAUGAUUUUUUAGAGAAGCUUAGACAUCAUGAGAGUGAAGAAUUACAGAUUCAGAUUUCUGCAUAUCUUGACAACGUUUUUGAUGUUGCAGCUCUCAUGGAAGACAGUGAAACUAAAACAGCAGCAUUAGAAAGGGUAGCAGAAUUAGAAGAUGAAUUGGCACAUAUGGCAGAAAGAAUGUCCGAGAUGGAAGCAGAAUCAUUAGCAAAGUUGGUCGAGUUAGAGGGUGAGCUAGUUGAGGUGCACAGACAAAAGGAGGAGCUAGAGAAUGUUCACUGUCAGGUUCAAGAGGAGGUGUCAACGUUACGACGGGAAGUCAAUCAAAAGAGUGAGGAGUCUCGUCAAAGACAGUCAUUAUUAGAAAAACAAAUACAAGAACUUGAAACUCUUGCAAGAUCAAACCCUAGUAAGUCUGGUGGUGCAGAAAGAACUGGUAGUGGACCAAUGGCUCCUGCUCCUCCUCCACCUCCACCUCCACCGCCAGGUAUUGCUACUUCCUCCGCUCCUCCACCACCACCUCCACCUAUUGGAGGUAACAUUCCACCUGCACCGCCAAAAUUACCAAUGGGCAUGAGCCAUGCAUUCCGACCUCCACCUCCAGCUCCAGGAAUGAAUCUAGCUGCUCCACCCGACUCAAUGACGAUAAAAAAGAAAGUCAAUACAAAAUACAAGUUACCCACACUUAACUGGGUUGCCCUUAAGCCCAAUCAGGUCCGAGGAACCGUCUUUAAUGAACUAGAUGAUGAAAAGCUCUUCAAUGUUAUUGACUUCUUAGAAUUUGAAGAACAUUUCAAGAUUGGUCUGGGAGGAGGCUCUGGCAAGGCCAAUGGAGAUGUUUCAGAGGUUGAUUCUCUUCAUGCUUUUGGCAGUAAAAGAAUCAAGAAGCUAGAAUUAACUUCUCUGAUGGAGCAUACGCGGUUAAGAAAUAUUUUGGAUCUUCCCUUUGAUGUUGUCAACAAGGCUGUGAACUCCUUGGACUUGAAGACUCUGAAUGUUGACAGUGUGGAGUUACUGCAACGAAUGGUGCCUACUGAUGCAGAGAUCAAAGCUUAUCGAGAAUAUGAAAGAGAACGUAAGCCUAUAAAUCAGCUUACUGAGGAAGAUCAAUACAUGCUGCAUCUUAGUAAAAUUGACAGACUUUCAACCAAACUUCAAAUAAUGAGUUUUAUUGCAAACUUUUUUGACAGUGUGCACACUGUCACACCGCAAGUCCAUGCAAUCAUCACAGCAUCCCGUUCUGUCAAAAACAGUACUAAAUUAAGAAGAAUACUUGAAGUUAUUCUUGCUUUCGGUAACUAUAUGAACAGCAGCAAACGUGGGCCAGCAUAUGGCUUCAAACUUUCAAGUUUAGAUACUUUAUGUGAUACUAAAUCAGCUGACAAGAAGAUGAGCUUGUUACACUACAUCCAAGACACCAUACGCUUAAAGUUUCCUGAUCUCAACAAUGUCGACUCGGAGCUUAGGUUUAUUGAAAAGGCUGCCCAGGUGUCACUAGAGAAUAUCCUGACAGAUGUAAGCGAGUUAGAAAAAGGGAUGAAAGCUAAGAAGGAACAUGAUCGUUAUCGGGAUAUGCGAAGUGCAGAAGGGCAUGCAGCUGUAGCAGUGCUAAAGGAAUUCCUUUGUAACUCUGAGGAUAAGCUCAGGAAGCUACGAGCAGAAUCUAAGACAGCUCAAACCACAUUUGCCGAAGUGUUGGAAUAUUAUGGGGAGAGUUCCAGAAGUAUGGCACCAAACACAUUUUUUGCUAUCUUUGUGAGAUUCACCAAAGCUUAUAAGAUUGUUGAGCAAGAAAAUGAACAACUUGCUGACAGGUUGAGUGCCAGUAGAGUAGCAGCCCUCAACCAACAGAAGCAGCAGCAGCAACAAGAAGAAAGGCAGCAGGUAGCCCGCAACAACAAAAUCAAUGUCCGUAAACAACAGGGAUAUGGAGGAGAGGAGGCAAUAAUGAGUGAGAUGAAAGCUCGAGGUGUGGUUGCUGAUAAACGACUUCUUUCCCAAGAAGAUGUGUAUCAUGGUGCAUUAGAGGACAUCCUAAUUGGACUGAAAAAUGAACCAUAUCGACGAGCUGAUGCUGUUCGAAGAAGCCAACGCAAAAGAAAUGAAAAUGUGAGGCUGUCUCGCACUGUUGAUGAUAUGGAGUUUUAAUCUUUAGGUUCUAUUGUAAUUAAUUUGUACAACUUACUCAUUAUACAGUAUGCACUUAAAUUUGUCAAGUACAUUGUAUAAAAAUAUUGUGAUAUUUCACAAAUGAUGCAGUGAAGAAUAUGGAGGGACUUUCACCUUUUGAUUAGUUUCACUCCAGUGCAAUACAAUAUAUGAAUGUAGAUGGAACUGGUUAUUUGAUAUGUACACAUGGUUAUUGCAUAUUAUUGUAUAUGGGUUAUUCCCUCUAAAUCUUUUACCAUCUUUACAAAUCUCUUGACAGUAAAAUCAUUAAACACAGACUGAAGCCCUGCUGAAAGACUACUACUCUAAAUACUAUACAGUACACAUUUUAUAUUUAUUUUUAAAUGGCGUUCAAGUCAUCCCACUAUUUACUGCUCUUAGAAACAUAACUUUUCUAUUAAGGAGUUGAUUAGUGUAUUUGUUUAGAUGGCAACUUCUCAUCUUACAUUCCAACUUCAUGAACUAAUCUGUUUUGCAGUUUGUGUUGUUUAUGUUAGGUUUUAUGAAGGACGAUAUAUGUUGAUGAAAAUUCAACAUAAAUUUGAGAAAAAAAUCAUUAAUUGUACACAGGUAAAAUAUACAUUUAUUCCUUAAAAAUUAUAAGACUUAUUCAAAGGCCUUAAUUCGAUUAUAUCCAUGAAGAUUGUGGUCAUAAUGUUUAUUAUCACCUCCGUUUUGAAAACCGAAUAAUUUUCUCGGCAAUAGACAUUCUGGUAUAUGAUUUGUUGUUUUUGGAAAUUUGUUAAAGAAAUGUGUACAAAAAAUUUGAAGUUUUGUUGAUGAUUAAAUUUAUAGAUAAAGGAAGAUAAUUUUUUUUGGGGGGGGGAAUUAUGUAAUUAACCAUUCUGUAAAAAUUACAUCCUGUUGAAGAAACAUAGACCUUAAAGUUGACUUCACCAAUACUGUAUUAGAAUAUAUAAUGAAUCAAUAAAUGUAAACUAUGGUUGAAAAAUAGUUCCAUAAUCUUGAAUUAUUAUACAUCCCUGGUAAUGAAGAAUGAAACUCAUGCCUGUUAGAUCUGAUAGACACUACUUUUAUUAAUUUAUUAUUCUGUUCCUGGAACUGAUGUUGAUAAUUUGGAGAUUGAAUAACUGCAGUAGGUGGAUAUAAUGCACCCCAAAAGUAUAAUAAUUUUAUGUAUACAAUAUAAAGCCCAUAUUCAGUACACACAACAGUUUUAACAAUGUGAGAAUGUUUUGAUAUAUAAAAGUUUUUCAUUUGUUUACAAAAUAAAUGGCAUUACAGUACAUUACCAGGUACAGUAUAUCAUUUGGCAAAAUAUAAAUUUUUGCAGGAUAUAUUUUCAAGAGCAUGAAAAUUAGAUCAGGAUGGCUGUCAGAAGGCUUGGAAUUUUAGUUGUUUUAUUUAUUUUUUUGCUAUUUGUUUAUUUUAAUGUUUUGUGAAAAUUUAGUUAACAAGUCUUUCAUCAUUAUGACUAUGACUAAAUCCCCAUCUGUAAUUACAGGAAGACUUCAUAUUACUGGACAAAGAAAUACCAGAACUUAGUUUUACUGCAUUUAUUAAAAAAAUGUUUUUUUGUAUGUUUAUUAUUUUGUAGUAGAUAUCGGAUGAAUAUUUUGAGGAUAUGAUUGGUUCAGUCCUGAAAUGUGAAAUUGAACUAAGCUAAUGGGAGGAGCCUCAACUUAACUUAAUUUUUCAUGCUGUAAGGAUACAUUCAUUACAUGUAUAGUACAGUAUAUGUAGUUUGAAGCUUUAUUUUUUUUUAUUUGGAAGGUAAAUAAAAACAAUUUAUACUAUAGUGUAUUUAUCACAAGAAAAAUAAAACAAUAUUCAUCACAAAUUUAAUUAGUGUUGAGCUUUUUUCUAUAUUUUUUUAUUUAUUAAUUAAAAAGAUAAAACAUUGAUGAGAUUUCAAACUAAAUAUAUAUAUAUAUGUGUGUGUGUGUGUGUGUGUGUGUAGGUAAGGGGCUGAAGUAGUUCAUUUCUGCAGUUUGGGAUGGCUGGUUUAGAUUUGGAUGCAUAUUGAUAAUGUACUGGUCAGCUCAGUCUGUAUAGUACAUGGUUGCAACAGUUAUUGCAUUGUCUUUCCAUAUCUUGAAAAUUUUUAAUACCAAAACAAUGGCUUAUGUUAAAGAGCAUAUGAGGCAUGAUAUGACUGAGAAAAUAGAGUGUGUGAAAAAUAAGUGCCCGAAGUUAAUGAAAUGUUCAUAAAGUUGUUGAUUACUAGGUAAAGUUAGUAAUGGACAUAUGAUGAGAAUGUCACUGCUUCACUGUACAGCCAGUAUAGAUCUGGAUGAUUACAGCGAAUUAAACAUUUCUAUUAUUAUUAUAGUUUUGUAUUCUCAUAAUUCUCAAUGAACUAGGCCCAUAUUUAAACCAAUACCACAUAGCUGAUGGGGAUUGUUAGCAGUGCUGUGUUAGAAGGUACAUAUCACCAAUGCUAUCACUAUUAUAUGCUCAGAUUUACUGAAAAUUGAAAUUUAGCAACCAAUUUUUUCCCAAAUUAUUUCAGUAAAGUGAAGUUUUAAUGGCACAUGCCUGAGGGAAUAGGGAUAAUGAACCACUGAGGAAAAAUUUAAAUAUUUGGGAUUUUUAACAUUCAAACCACAGCCAUGAAUUCAGGACAGUAUAUGUCUGUCUUUGUCUGUAUGCAGAUAAUUAAAAUAUGUUAAGUCCAUAAUAAUAUAUAAGCCAAUAAUUUUCCAUUAAUUAACUUUUUGUAGAUGGAGUAAAUUAUAGAUUUUCAGGUUUUCUUCAACACAAAGAGUAUAAGUAUCAAGGACUAGUUCUUCCUCAUUGAAUGGUAGUUAUUCUUCUUUGUAUAUUUAUAUAAUAAUGAUGUAAUUGUAAACACUGCUAGACUAAAUGUGAUAGAUCUCUUGCUUAGUUUUGGUACUUUUAUAUUGACUUUGAAUUAUCAUGCUCAUUUUUGUAUGUGCUCUCUUCAUGUUACUGGGCAUUAGUGUCAAAAUUCAGGAGCCUCCUGUUACAUUUCCAGUAAGAAAUAAUAUUAGCCAUUAACUUUUAAUCACUAACCUGCUCACUGUUUGAAAUUAGUUUGUAAAGCACAGAAGUGAGUAGAUUGUUAAAUAUAUAUAUAUAUAUAUAUAUAUAUAUAUAUAUAUAUUUUUUUUUUUUUCUGACAAGUUGUCUUUGCUUUUCCUGUCCAGUCACUGUGUGCCUUAAUAACUACUGUAUAUUAAUUUCUGGUUUCUUAUAUUCUUAAUGGAUAAUACGAAGGUUCUUUACCUGAAAAUAUGCUGUUAAUGAGAAUAAUUAUAUAUAAUUAUGAGUUAAAUAAUAUAGUCAUAGCUAAGAAAGAAAGGUAAUGAUUCAGUUCUGUAGUUCUUUGUGCAGAAGUAUGUUUUCUAAUUGUGAUGUCUAUGAUAAUCAGUCUAUGUUAUAGUCUAGUCUGGAUUGUAAAAAUAUUUUAAUUUUUCUCGUGUAUUCAGUCAAGUGUUGUAGAUGAUUCCUAAACUUCCUAAUAAGGCCUUAUUUUUUAAGAAAUUGUAAAUACUUGUAUAUACUUUUGUAAAUUAGAAUCCAAAAGAUUCACAGAAAUACUCAAAUGUAAAUAUAUUUCAUGAAAUUCAUAAACUUUAUAGUAGUGAUUUACACAUUUUCAAGGAUUUAUAGUGAUAGGGCAAGUGCCACAAAUCAAGAUACAGUUACAUAUAAAAAUGAAUUUACAGUACAGUAUAUGGCUAUAUGGCAUGCAUUAUAGUUUUUUAUUUAACCCAAAAUUUGGAAAUUGACCCAACAACAUGAAUUACACACACACACACACACACACACACACGAAAAGAGAAUUAAAACAGUGACUGGCACAUUUUUUUAAUGAAUUUAUCUUGUUAAAUAUAUAAAUAAAAGGAA